UUACGGCUGCUCCGUCGUACGUACCGGCAAGCAUGGAGGCAGAGGGUUUGGAGCCGGGCGCUGCGGAGCUGGGACCUCUGGAAGGGAGUGACCAGAAACUAGGGGAAGAGGAGGAACAGGAGGAAUCCGAAGAGGCGGCUGGCAGCAGCAAGAAACGGGUAGUGCCGGGCAUUGUGUACCUGGGCCACAUCCCGCCCCGCUUUAGGCCUUUACACGUACGGAACCUUCUUAGCGCCUACGGGGAGGUCGGGCGUGUUUUUUUCCAGGCGGAGGACGGGUUCGUGAGGCGCAAGAAGAAGGCAGCAGCUGCCUCCGCGGCCGGAGGGAAAAAGCGGUCCAAAUACAGCAAGGACUACACGGAGGGCUGGGUGGAGUUCCGGGACAAGCGAGUAGCCAAGCGUGUGGCGGCCAGUCUUCACAACACGCCCAUGGGCUCCCGCAGGCGCAGCCCCUUCCGUUAUGACCUGUGGAACCUCAAGUACCUGCACCGUUUUACCUGGUCCCACCUCAGCGAGCAUCUUGCUUUUGAGCGCCAGGUGCGCAGGCAGCGUCUGAGGGCUGAGGUUGCCCAGGCCAAGCGUGAGACGGACUUCUAUCUUCGAAGUGUGGAGCGCGGACAGCGUUUCCUUGCGGCUGAUGGGGACUCUACCCGCCCGAAUGGUUCCUGGGCCUUUGCCCAGCGUCCUACUGAGCAGGAGCUGAGGGCCCGGAAGGCAGCUCGGCCAGGGGGACGUGAACGAGCUCGCCUGGCUAACGCUCAGGACCAGGCCCGCUCCAACCGAGGGCUUCUUGCCAAGAUCUUUGGAGCCCCUACACCGUCAGAGAGCAGGGAGGACUCCUCACUGGUCAGGAACUCUUGAGGGUCAGAGAGGCCCCUUCCACCUCCUAGCCCAGCCCAGCGUCCUGUCUACCUUAUAAUGACUACCCAGGCAGACAUUUUAUUGUGUUUCUCAAACCAGAAGUCUGGUGAGUUCCUCAGACAGAAGUUUUGUAGACCUCUCCUCUUUCUCCUCCCAGCUCCUGUACAUGCCUGACUGAGGCACUUAGUUGUUACUAGCAUGAUUAUGACUACUGCUCAUGUCUGUUUUACCUUGUUCAGUUCGUGGCUUCCUGUCUCCUGCCCACUGGGACCCUUUAAAAGUCCUACUUUCUCGCCCCAGGAACAGCCUUUCCCUUGAUUUAGAGUGAUAAUGGCUAGUCCAGACGGCUGUUUACCAGCCACAUUAUUGGGCAGCAGCAACAUCCUUUUUAUUUAGAAAAGGUUAAUAGGGACAGGGGUUAAUGGGCUAGAGUGGCUUGGGAGCCACCUUCAAAAUAUAUUUAUAGAAUAGAAAAAGAUAUAUGUAAAUACAUAUUUUUAAACAUGCCUUUGUAGUUUAUGGGGUGGGGAGUGGAGAUGGUCAUUGGAUAAGUUCCAGCUUCUGUGUGUUGGACAGAAUUCACCCACCUUCGUUCCAUCUCCUGGACCCAGGAUACAUCCCUCUAUUUUAACCUGGAUAGUUUUCUAUCUAAUCAGUUUCUUAGGCCAUGUUGUUAACACUUAACCUAAUUCAACAUUUACCUAUUUAAUCAAUUUCUUAGGCCUUGUUGUUAACAUUUAUUUAAUUCAGCAUUUACUAAGUCAGUAUAUAAGGACACAUGGCCCUUGGUGUAAGUCUUAUAGACUGCUAAAAAAAACAGAUGUUUAAGAAAUAAAUGUAUAGAAGUAUUAUAGGCAUCAUGCCAGAUGUAUUUAAGAGGUAGAGUGAGGCCAUGGGAAGGGCUGAUUGAUUCUAUUUGGGAAAGUAAGCAACAUCCUGAGAAGUGAACCAAAGUCUGACAGAGCCUGAUACACUCCUGUAAUUGUAAACAAAACUCCACGGAUGGAGUGUUGGGUUCAGACCAUUGUAAAGGUAGGCAAAGCCUAGGAGGUAGUUGUGCACACAUGAUGCCCUUCAGGUGCGUUUGUACACUUUGUCUACCCUUAGACCAGGGAAGUUCACAAAUAACAUGCAGAGCAGCUCUGGAGGUGAUAGAAUGCAUGUAAGCCACUGAGGGGAACUGAAAACUGAGAUGUCAACAAAAAACUGGAAAAUAUCUACACACAGCCUCACAAUAGACUAAAACUCUGGCUUUUAAACUUACAGGAAGUGUUAGAGUGAUAAUAAUAAGUCAUUUGAGUUUUGCUUGCACCAUUUAUUUUCUUAGGUUCUUUUUGUACUUUCUGCUUAACUGUCAUCAAUAUAAUUAUCAAUGUGUUCUUUGGGUCAAAUGGAUUCAUCUACUUUGGCUCUAAAUAACCACGUUUUGUUAAGAUCUCAGCUUGAUAGGUGCAGUUUAUUUGGGAGGAGAGAAAUGAAUUAUGGUCCGUUAAGUGUAACAUUUUUCACAAUCCAUACGCCUCCUACCCAGCACACAAACACAUCUGUGUAGCGUUAUACCCUUAUCUUAGGAACUUGGUAUUUUUGUUUCUGUGUUCAUUUCGUGUGGGUUUAUUCUGUGUGGACUCUUAAUGAUGUCUUCCACGUGAACCAGGAAGAUCCAGUUUCAGAAUCUAACAAGCUGUCUUAUUCAUUUAUUCAAAUUUGAGUGUCUGUUGUCACCUCUCCUACAUAGAGAAUACCAAGAUGAAGAAACUUAAGUUACUAACAGUAAAACACGUAGGGCUUAAUUUUUUGAAUGAACGAACUUGUGUUUGCAGGUUGAUGUUAUAUAUAAGCAUAUUCAAAGUCAGCAUUUCAGUCUCAAGUUUAAACAGUUCUGCAUGUAGAGCUCACACCUGUGGGUAAGUCACAAGUGGAGUGAAAAAUGAAAAUAAUGGGUGGAAGGAAAUCAAUUUCCCAGGAAUUAUAAUCGUGAUUCCCUCACUUCUAAGCCCUUUGAAAGGAAAAUACCUUUUUUAUACUUCCAGUUUUGUCCCCAUUUGAACAAUGCUUAAGUUUUUUAAUGUGAAUUGACUUGUUUAAUACACAAGCAUACAAAAUGAUAUCAUCUCCACAUUUCCAUCAUUAAAAUUAGGCUCAUCUAUGGA